AUGGUUGAGCGUUUCUUGCGAUUGGGAGGAUUCGGUGGACUUGGUGCUUCACAGUUCGGAAGCGGAACGGCAAACGAUUCAAACCAAGUUGAUACCUCAGAAACUGUUUAUAUUUCAUCUUUAGCUUUGUUGAAAAUGCUUAAACAUGGGCGAGCCGGUGUUCCUAUGGAGGUUAUGGGCUUGAUGCUUGGUGAAUUUGUUGAUGAAUAUACCGUUAAUGUUAUCGAUGUGUUUGCAAUGCCUCAAUCAGGAACGGGUGUUUCGGUUGAAGCAGUUGAUCCAGUAUUCCAAGCAAAAAUGCUUGAUAUGUUGAAACAAACUGGUCGACCGGAGAUGGUUGUCGGAUGGUAUCACUCGCAUCCAGGUUUUGGAUGCUGGUUAUCCGGAGUUGAUAUUAACACACAACAAAGUUUUGAAGCACUCUCAGAUAGAGCUGUGGCUGUAGUAGUCGACCCCAUUCAGUCAGUGAAGGGCAAGGUUGUUAUCGAUGCAUUUCGAACGAUUAAUCCUCAAGCAAUAGCUCUAAAUCAAGAACCUCGUCAGACAACGUCGAAUCUUGGGCAUCUUCAAAAACCAUCUAUUCAAGCUCUGAUUCAUGGUCUUAAUCGGCAUUAUUAUUCAAUUCCUAUUAAUUAUCGCACACAUGAUUUGGAGCAAAAGAUGUUGCUAAAUCUAAAUAAACAAUCAUGGAUGGAUUCCUUAGGUUUAAAGAAUUUCUCAAGUCAUUGUGAGAAAAAUCAGACUUCCAUGAACAAUAUGCUUAAAUUGGCUAAACUAUAUAAAAAGGAUUUGGAAGAACAAGAAAAAAUGACAGAAGAACAGCUUGCCAUAAAAAACGUUGGUAAGCAAGAUCCAAAACGGCAUCUUGGUGAAACUGUUAAUGAAAUGUUGGCAGAUAAUAUCGUUCAAAAUUUAGCUUCUAUGCUUGAUGCUUCAUCAUUUCAAUGA